AUGCCUCCUAGAAAAAAGGCAACUACUGUGGCUGCUAAAAAGACAGCGAAAACCAAAAACACGCGAGCGACCAAACAUUCUAAAUCCAAGAAAGAGGACCAUGAUUCUGACUAUGAUCCCAACGAAGAAGAGGUGUCCCCGUCACUCGUACAGGAUACUGCGUCUGCACCUAAUAAUGAGGUCCAAACCGCACAGCCCGAACAACCUGAAAAACCUGAACAGCCUAAUCAAACUGAUGAUAAUGCCGUUACUGAUGAUGUAAAUCCUAGUGCUGAUGAUGCGGGCAGUGUUAUCCCCGAUAAUAACAUGGAUAAUAAUAAUGCUGUUAAUGUUGAUAGUGGUGAUAGGGUUAAUAGAGAUCGCUACCGAAUUUUUGUAACUCGUAUUCCCUUUGAAGCAACCAGCGAUGACAUUGAAAAUUACUUCAAGCAGUUUGGAGAAGUAGAAGAUGCUUACUGUCCAAAGCAGCCUGGCAAGGCACACCUGAACAAAGGGUUUGGAUUCAUUUCCUUUAAGAAUGACGAAGUACUUCAAGCUGUUUUUAAUGCAAGGCCUCAUACCAUCUUAGGUAGGGAGAUUGUCGUAGACAAGGCGACUAUAAGGAGUGAACAGCAAACAGACCGCAAACGUGUUGAUUAUAGCAGAAGUAAAAGAUCACUAGAUGCACCGGAUAGAGAUUCUAAUAAAAUAAAUAGGAGAGCCAAUAGUAGGCAGUAUGAUAGGCCACCGUCGUCUUACAGUGGCGGACCGCCCAUGUCAUAUAGUGGAGGUUAUAGCAAUGUACAUGCAGGCUACAACCAACCACCUGGUUAUAACAGUUAUGACCAUGGCAAUUAUGAUAGCAGAUCUAAUUAUGACAAUUAUAACCGAAGUGGGUCUGGAUAUGGCCAAUCUUCCAGUGAAUACAAUCAAGGUCAUGGCAGCUACAGCAGUAACUAUGGUCAAUAUGGCAAUAGACAAUCGGGAUACGACAGAAAUUACAACAAUCCACCUCCAUAUGACAGGCCUUAUGAUGGCAAUGAUUAUAACCGCAACUUUGAUCCCAAUAGAUCGAUUAAUUAUGUAUUCAAUGGAGGGGAAAAGGAUAGAAGAGGUGAAAACUAUGAUCGCCAUUACCAGUAUGAUCAGAAUUAUCAAAAUAUCCAAUACCAAAUGCAACAACCACCUUAUUCCUCCACUGCACAAUCCUACAAUAAUAAUUACGAACCCCAGGGUUAUGACCCUUCAAGGCCAACUACUCAAGGAAGUGACACAUUAGAAUCAAAGAGAUUGAAAAAUAAAUUGUUUGUGGGUAGGAUGAGGAACGACACUACAGUUGCAACUAUGAGAAACUACUUUGAACGUUUUGGUGAACUCAUAGACGCUUAUAUCCCCAAAGAUCCUAAAACACAAAAGGGAAAAGGGUUUGGUUUUAUCUCAUUCCACAAUGAAACAUCCGUUAGGGCUGUGUUGCAAGCCACUUAUAAGCAUGUUAUUGAUGGAAGAGAGGUUAUUGUCGAUAUGGCAGAUGCGGAUCAGAAGAAGAAUCGUUAG